GAAAGGAAAGCAGAGGAAAACAAGAACUCUUAAGAACCAUACAGUUCAUUUUCUUCUUCUUGCUACCUGUUAAUGGCGUCUGAAGAGAGUAUUAUGAUCAACUCUUCUUCAUUACUAGAAGAAGAGAACGAAGAUACUGAUGAUGGGUUUCAUUACCAGACAAGGCAAAGCAGUUUGUCUAGGUUAUCUAUUUGCACGAGCUCCUUCCAUGAUGAAGAUGAAGAUAACUUCACAAACCAGCCUUCCCAAUUGGGUAACUUCAUCUCUGAACUGUCUUUGGAGAGCUUCGACGACGUCGACGUGGGAGCCGAGGCGGACGGAGAAAUCUCCGAUGACGGUGAAGAUUCGGAUUCCGAUAAGGAACUUCCCGGCUUCUACUCUCUCCCUAUGAUCAUGUCUCGCCGGAGAAGCGAAGUCACUCUUAACGUCGAUGGCAGUAAGUGUAAUUUAGCUAAGCAAAAAAGGGUGUUAAGAGAAAAGAGUAGAAGAGGGAACCAGUACGGUCACGGCUUUAACGGUGUGGAGAGAGAAAGCGACGGAGUCGGAAACCGUUACAGCGGAGGAGGGGAAGGAGGGCUGACGGUGUUAACAAAUGCGAAAGGAGGAAAGAAGUCGAUGAUGAUGGGUUUUGAAGAAGUGAAGGCUUGUAGAGACCUCGGGUUCGAUGUGGAAGUUCCAGAACGGGUUUCGGUAUCCGCCGGGUCAAACCGGGAGACUCAGACUAGUAGUGGCGGCAACUCUCCGAUUGCCAACUGGCGUAUCUCAAGUCCUGGAGAUGAUCCGAAGGAGGUUAAGGCGAGACUUAAGAUGUGGGCACAAGCAGUAGCUUUAGCUUCUGCGUCACGUUAAGCUUCUUAUGUUAGGGUUUGUCGCAUAGUCUUACGAGUUACUACGAGUUUUUCUUGAAAUAGUAACUCUUUCUACUCGGUUUGUAUAUAUGAAAAUACUGUAUUGUUUCGUUCAAUGUUGAAAAGAGUUACACAAUGACUUAUAUCAUUCUCUGUUAUUAUACUUCUAAGGUCUGUGUUCUGUAGUGUGGAAAGAGAUCCGAAUAUGGAAUUUCAACA